CCCCCCCCCCCCCCCCCCCCCAUCACACGUUUUUUUAUUUCCAAAAAGGAAGCCGUGCGCGCUGUAAACUGACAGCAUCCUCCAACCCAACAAUUUUGGAAGCAAACCCCCCUUUAUAUUCUCCUUCUCCUCCUCCCUCUCUCCCCACCGUGGGGAUGACGAGCCGGCUGCGAGGAUAACGAUCUGGAAGCAGCACCAUGCGCCAAGAUUUUUGCAAGAGACAAGCACGCCGUGUCCUUCUUCCUCCCCGGCGCUUCUCAGACGCUCUCAACAUCUAAAGAGAAGAAGGGCUGAAGGAGGGAAAAAAAAACCCAAACACACACAAAAAAAAAGGAAGAAAACUGCGUUGAGAACAGCCACAGACAUCUUGUUUUCUUCUUCUCCCUCCUCCCUGUUUACUUCUUUCCUCCCCUCCCUCCCCCUCUCCCUCCCCUCUGCAACCCUACCCUCUGCUAUAUUAAUUUUAUUUUUGCAUUAUUUGCUCUGCACACAUCUUCGAUGUGAAGGAGGGAGAGAGAAAAAAAAAAAGAAGUGAGGGAAGUGUGCGCAGGCGUCCCCCACCUUGGAAUUACUGCACUGGUCAGAAUAAGUUGCAUCUUCUCUCUCUCUCUCUCUCUCUCACUCGCUUGCCUUCGCUAGGGGGUUUGGAAAUAAAAUAUCAAUCUGUGUGUAGAGAGAGAGAGAGACCCCCCCCACCCGCGAAAUCAUCUGCAAACUUAGGGAUGCUGAAAAGGGGCUACUUUAGGGCUCUGUCGUUCCCCUUGCUGGUGGCGAUGGUGUGUGCACAAAGUGUCAAUGACCCCAGUAACAUGGCAUUGGUGAAGGAGACGGUUGACAGACUGCUGAAGGGCUAUGACAUCCGUCUGAGGCCAGAUUUUGGAGGUGAUCCCGUCCUGGUGGGCAUGAACAUAGACAUCGCCAGUAUAGAUAUGGUGUCUGAAGUCAAUAUGGAUUAUACUUUGACGAUGUACUUCCAACAGGCUUGGCGGGACAAGCGACUUUCCUAUUCAGAAAUACCCUUGAAUCUCACGUUGGACAACAGAGUGGCUGAUCAACUCUGGGUUCCUGACACAUAUUUUCUAAAUGAUAAAAAGUCUUUUGUGCAUGGUGUCACUGUAAAGAAUCGAAUGAUACGUUUGCACCCAGAUGGCACGGUUUUAUAUGGUCUCAGAAUUACCACAACAGCUGCUUGCAUGAUGGAUUUGAGAAGAUACCCACUUGAUGAGCAGAACUGUACUCUUGAAAUAGAGAGCUAUGGGUACACUACGGAUGACAUUGAAUUCUAUUGGCGUGGAGGUGAGAGAGCUGUGACCGGAGUGGAAAAGAUUGAGUUACCACAGUUUUCUAUUGUCGAUUAUAAUCUACUUUCCAAGAACGUUGUUUUCUCUACAGGUGCUUACCCCAGGCUUUCCCUCAGUUUCAAGCUGAAAAGAAACAUUGGUUACUUCAUUCUGCAAACAUAUAUGCCCUCCAUCUUGAUCACCAUCCUUUCUUGGGUGUCUUUCUGGAUUAAUUAUGAUGCGUCUGCUGCACGAGUUGCUUUAGGUAUUACCACGGUACUUACUAUGACUACAAUCAACACCCAUCUCCGGGAAACCCUUCCAAAGAUCCCCUAUGUAAAAGCUAUUGAUAUGUACCUGAUGUGCUGCUUUGUGUUUGUUUUUUUGGCCCUUUUGGAGUAUGCACUGGUUAACUACAUCUUUUUCGGAAGAGGACCACAACGGCAAAAGAAGAUUGCAGAGAAAGCAGCUAAAGCCAACAAUGAGAAGAUAAGAUCAGGAGACAAGAUGGAUCCACAUGAAAAUAUUCUCCUAAGCACACUUGAGAUUAAGAAUGAAAUGAGUGCUGCUGAGAUCACAAUGUGCAUCGGUGAUCCCAGAAGUACCAUGAUGCCAUAUGACACCUCUGGUAUUCAAUACAGGAAGGCAGGAUUGUCCAGGCACAAUUUUGGAAGGAGCGCCUUGGAAAGACACGUAGCCCAAAAGAAGAGCAGGCUACGGAGACGUGCUUCUCAGUUGAAAAUUAAUAUCCCGGAUUUGACUGAUGUGAAUGCCAUUGACAAGUGGUCACGGGUGAUAUUUCCCCUUGUUUUUGGAUUUUUCAAUGUAGUCUACUGGCUGUAUUAUGUGAAUUAAGAUGAAGAAUGUGCACAGACAGUAUCUUUCCACAUUUUAUUUGUUUUGCAACAAGGUGGAACCAUCGUUUUGAAUAUGAGGUUGUUCAGAACAAAAUUUGCAUGCACUUUAACUCCUAAAUGGCUGGCUCUAUCGAACUCUUCAUUGAUUAAGUUCUGAGAAUUGAAACAUUUAGCUGUGUCUGUGAUUCUACUUAUCACAAUUAAGUUAUAGAGUAAUAUUUUCCUUUUUUUAAUAAUAUAUCUGCCUCAGAUCAGUCCAUAUACCUAUCACAUCAAAAUGUGUUUAUUUAAAAACGAUAACAUAGCUAUAAUUUUUCAUUUACGAGCAAGAACCUCUCUCUGAAUUUUUAGUUAUGAUUAAGCAGUAACUUUAACAACGUUUUCUAUCAUUUAAGCACGUUCAACACAGUGCUAGUUUGUCAAAGCAGCCUUGUUAAAGGCUGAGAGACAACGAUGCAUGCAAGGUGACUAAGAGCUGCUAUUCAUUUAAAUGAAAACAAAAUAACUGUUCAAACUGAAGACAUUAGGACACAAAGUUUAGAGUGGACCUUCAAAAUAAUGUUAGAACUCGAGUCUGCCUUUUACAGAAUUAUGAAAUUACAUUUAAUCCAAAUCCUGAAAAGAUCUCAUUUGUAUACACACUACAAAGCAUUUCAACUGAAAAUGUUGAUCGUGUCAAAUAAUGUGUACAUUGCUUUUUUUUUAAAAUUAUUGUCAUUAAUACAUUCAAGUUAAUAUGGAAAUAAUUGACCCCAUUGACUAUUGAAAAGGUGAAAACAUAAUAAACACCUCAUGUACACUGAAGGUCCAAUUCAAUAGUAAAUUCCCAAGUUACAAAAGAUGGUCAGUCGUUAAGUUAUAAAGGUUGCAGACUUAUUACGACUAAGUGAUAAUUUGCUAACCCACCACAAAGAAAUCUAGGUCUUGAUAAUUAAUAGCUGGCCUGUUCUUUGCUCAAUGUAGAAAGGAAGGUGAAAUCUUUCACUGAUCUUUAGCUAGGGAAAUCCGAGGGAGGAACUGUUUCAUCCAUCUAUUUGUGAGAUUUGUUGAAAAUAGGUUGAUCUGUGGGUGCCCAUCAUAAUCGGAAAUAAAAAAGCACAUUUUGACUUUGUAAUGGAAUAUUUACCAGUGAGAGUCAAUGAUGGUCCAACACUUUUCUCUACCGCUGCCAGAAACAAUGCACUCAUAAAAUAAUAUCAACCUUGUGUUUUAAUAUUUUUAAUAUACCGCAGCAUAAUAAUGUUCCAUAAUUUAUUAGAACAUAUAUUUUUAUUUUAAUGAACUGUAGGUGGUUUCUAAUCCACCAAUUCUAUUUUCCUUCUACAUAGUCCCAUGUAAUGUGUCAAAUAUAAUUACAGAAGAAAUUAUGGCCUUGCAGAAAAUACAUUUAUGACUAAGGUCAGCGUGAAAUGACUUUAAAUUGCUUAGAGUUAAAUGCAUUCUACUUAAGUUCAUAUAAAUCUAUCAUCACGGAACAUUUAUAGAGGAUUUUCAGUUCAGUUUCAUGUAUUGUAAAAAUAAGUUUCAUGUAAGCUUUUAUAAAAGAAUGUGUUGAUUUUG